AUUCCGACACCUCCCUUGCGCUCCAGGGACAGACUGGUGUUACCUGGUCCCGGGCAGCGGAGUUCUUUACCCACCCCAGUUCUGGUUCUGACGCCCUAGUUCAUCCCGCAAAUUUAGGACUUGGGUCUCGGCUUGUUCCCCUCCCGCUAGAAGCACCUCUUCUCUGAGCCAAGACAGCUACCUGGGCUCCUGGAAUUGCCACCCCUCCGUGGGCACCCUUGAGGCCUCCGUGGGGGGACGUCACCGGGCAGAGCGGGACGUGAGCCUGCGUUUGCUGCAGGCGUGCUCUGUGUGGUGACUGGGUGAGUUGUGAGUAUGUGUGUGGCGGAGGGGGUGCCUUCUUCACUUGCAUCCUCCUCCUCUGUCAGAAGGUGUCUCAGGCUACCCAGUUCUGGAAUGGUCGCAGGGUGGGGCAGCUGGUCCCUGGACGGGAAGAAUCCUAAGAAUCCUUCUGAUGCACUUAUUCGGAUGCAGACCGCGAGGUUCCUGGGGUCGUCUGCCCCUCCACAUCCCAGGGGUGGGGCUACAGUCUGGGGUGCAGCGAGAGGGGUUGGGAGUGUAAGGAGACCAGGGACACAGUGGAGCUAGGGGUUACAGAGGAAGAGCAGGGAGAGGGCUGGGGACAUAGAAGGGGCACAGGCACGACAGGAACAGGGCUGUGAAGUGAUGCAAAUGCCGCGCUGCUACAAGAGGAGCUUGUGGAUACUAGGGUAGGAGCCCAGGGGGCAAGCAGCCAGAGGCCAUUGCCAAGGCAGCCAUCAAGUAAACAAGCCAGGUGGUAACCCGAGUCCCUCCCGGCGCGCCAGCAGAGGACCGCCCCUCCACACUGUCCACCUGCACCCUGGGCUUUCUCUCUGGGCACCUAGACCUCUUGCUGCAGGGCUGGGGGUCUGCUGAGGCCCGCCAGGGGACUGUAAACAAAGGGAGCAGCGCCCUCAGCUCCAGCCCCUCCUCCCUCUGGCUGGGGAGGGGGCCAGAACUGAUCCCCGAGGUGGGAUUGGCUCUGGGAAGCAGCUUAGGGCCUGGUCCCGGUGGCCCAGGCCGGGGUGGGGGGGAUCGCCUCGAAUGACACCCACCUCCCCCAGUUUCUGCCAAUCCCCGUGCCCACUGGGUGGGCGCGGCCGGGAAGUUCCUGCCCCUCCCUGCUGGUCGGCGUCACGCGUGACGUCCCGCGUGAUGGCUGGGAGGGCCCGGCGGCGACAGCGGAGGCAGAGAGGAAGGCGGUUCUGAGAGCUUCAGGGAGCCCUGGAAAGCAAAAUGGGUGAAUUGCCUUUAGACAUAAACAUCCAGGAACCUCGCUGGGACCAAAGUACUUUCCUGGGCAGAGCCCGGCACUUUUUCACUGUUACUGAUCCUCGAAAUCUGCUGCUGUCCGCGGCACAGCUGGAAACUUCUCGGAACAUCGUGCAGAACUACAGGGCUGGCGUUGUGACCCCAGGGAUCACCGAGGACCAGCUGUGGAGAGCCAAGUAUGUGUAUGACUCUGCCUUCCAUCCGGACACAGGGGAGAAGGUGGUCCUGAUUGGCCGCAUGUCAGCCCAGGUGCCCAUGAACAUGACCAUCACCGGCUGCAUGCUCACCUUCUACAGGAAGACCCCAACUGUGGUGUUCUGGCAGUGGGUGAAUCAGUCCUUCAAUGCCAUUGUUAACUACUCCAACCGCAGUGGCGACACUCCCAUCACCGUGAGGCAGCUGGGGACAGCCUAUGUGAGUGCCACCACUGGAGCUGUGGCCACGGCCCUGGGACUCAAAUCCCUCACCAAGCACCUGCCCCCCUUGGUCGGCAGAUUUGUGCCCUUUGCAGCGGUGGCAGCUGCCAACUGCAUCAACAUCCCCCUGAUGAGGCAGAGAGAGCUGCAGGUGGGCAUCCCGGUGGCUGAUGAGGCAGGUCAGAGGCUUGGCUACUCGGUGACCGCAGCCAAGCAGGGAAUCUUCCAGGUGGUGAUUUCAAGAAUCUGCAUGGCAAUUCCUGCCAUGGCCAUCCCCCCACUGAUCAUGGACACUCUGGAGAAGAAAGACUUCCUGAAGCGCCGCCCUUGGCUGGGGGCGCCCCUGCAGGUGGGACUGGUGGGCUUCUGCCUGGUAUUUGCGACCCUGUGCUGUGCCCUAUUCCCCCAGAAGAGCUCCAUAAACGUAAGCAAGCUGGAACCAGAGCUGAGAGCUCAGAUCCAUGAGCAAAACCCCAGCGUAGAAGUGGUCUACUACAACAAGGGGCUUUGAGGAGGGUCAGCCUCUGUCCCCUCCCUCAGUUCCUUGGGCUGCUGCUUUAGUGGAGUCAUGUCACCCCUGCCACUUGCCUAUCUGCCUAGCACUGGGUAGGGGCCUUGGUGGGCAGAUGGCCAUUGAGGGUAGCAACCUAUUAGGGUGGGGAGGGUACCACCAUAAGGCUUUUCCUCCCCUCUCUGGUUUCAAAGAGCAGAACGCAUAACCCCUCCCUCCUGUGCUUGAGUGUCCACACAUAUACAUACAUGAUACAUAUGUGCAUUUGUACAUUGGGUCCUGAAAGCUAGGAGCAGGCAUGCUAGCCUAGUAUGUUCUGACAUCUGGCUUCCCUUCUCAGCCUCAUGUCUACCUGCCUGCCAGCCAGGCUACAGGUGGGACUUCCUUCUCUAAACUGUUAUACCAGCCAAGUUAUAUUUGAUGGCACCUCAUCCCUUCUAGACAUAGGAGGAGCCCCAGGAUCUCAGGACAUAGACUUAUAGACACUAGUAGGCCAAAGUGGACUGAAUCCUUCAGGUUUCUGAUAUCUAGCUCCCCAAGCUGACUGGGCUGGCAGAGGAGAACAUGUUUGGACAAGGGAGGCAGGGGACUUAUGCAUCCCUCAGUGCCAUCCCCUGUAUUCUGGAAUAGCUCUGUUUCACCUCCUCCUCUCUACCAGACGAAGGAGCGCCUGUGUCCUGUACUGCCCUCGCUGUCUCCCCCAGCACCCUACUCGGCAGCGUGGGCAUCUUCAGGCACAGUCUUAGGAGUUCCUGGUGUGCUCUGACAUCAUGACCUCAAAUCUAAAUCCUACAAUCC